AGAUGGUGGAAGUGCGUAUGUUGGUUCGAAACCAUACACUGUACGUUAAACGGUUGAAAUUCCCUCCAAGGCGCACGUUAGCUAGCUAACCACUAAUUUCAUUCAUGGCUUCGUCACCGUCACCGGCAAUGUCAGUGAACCCCGGUCGCAUUCGGACCCUCAAAGAAGGCUCAGGAAAAACCGGUCCGGUCGUUUAUUGGAUGUUCAGAGAUCAACGGUUGAAAGACAAUUGGGCUCUCAUCCACGCCGUUCAUCAAGCCAACAAAUCAAACGUUCCAGUUGCCGUUGUUUUCAAUCUCUUCGAUCACUUCAUCGGUGCAAAGUCUCGUCAUUUUGGGUUCAUGCUCAAAGGUUUGCGCCAAUUGUCUCACCAAUUGCAACACACUCUUCAAAUACCCUUUUUCUUGUUUCGGGGUGAAGCAGAGGAAACUGUAUCAAAAUUUGUUAGAGAAUGUGGAGCUUCUUUGUUGGUGACAGACAUGUCACCAUUACGAGAAAUGAAGAAAUGUAAAGCUGAGAUUUGUGAGAAGGUAAGCGAUUUGGUUACGGUUCAUGAAGUAGACGCUCACAACGUUGUGCCACUUUGGGUAGCUUCCGAUAAAUUGGAGUAUAGUGCUAGGACAAUAAGGGGAAAGAUAAACAAAAAGCUUUCUGAGUAUCUCGUUGAUUUUCCUAAUAUUGAACCGCCAAAUACGAAAUGGGUCAUUUCUGAAGAUCACUACAUUGAUUGGGAUGGUAUCAUUGCUCAAGUGUUAAGGAAUGGAGCUGAGGUACCUGAAGUUGAUUGGUGUGAGCCUGGGGAAAUUGCCGCAAUGGAAGUAUUGAUGGGAAGUAAAAAUGGAUUCUUGACUAAAAGGUUGAAAAAUUAUUCAACAGAUCGCAACAACCCGUGUAAACCAACUGCACUUUCCGGUUUAUCUCCUUAUUUGCAUUUUGGACUGAUAUCUGCUCAAAGAUGUGCUUUAGAAGCACGUAAGCUACGAGUUUCACAUCCUCAGGCGGUUGAUGCUUUCUUGGAAGAGUUGAUUGUGCGGAGAGAACUUGCUGAUAACUUUUGCUUCUAUCAACCUCAUUAUGAUUCAUUACAAGGAGCAUGGGAGUGGGCUCGGAAGACUUUACUCGAUCAUGCCUCUGAUAAGCGACAACAUAAUUACACAAGGGAGCAAUUGGAGAAGGCACAGACUGCUGAUCGCCUCUGGAAUGCUUCUCAACUGGAGAUGGUUCACUAUGGUAAAAUGCAUGGUUUUAUGCGAAUGUAUUGGGCAAAGAAGAUACUGGAAUGGACAAGUGGACCUGAAGAAGCCCUUGAGAUAUGUAUAUAUUUAAAUAACAAGUAUGAAAUGGAUGGGAGGGAUCCAAGUGGUUAUGUUGGCUGUAUGUGGUCUAUAUGUGGUGUACAUGAUCAGGGUUGGCGAGAGCGUCCUGUUUUUGGGAAAAUCCGAUACAUGAAUUAUGAAGGAUGCAAAAGAAAAUUUGAUGUUGACAGAUACAUUGCAUAUGUUAAUAAAAUAGUUGGUGAUGUCAGGAAGAGAAAGGCAGAGAACUUGCUGUCUCAAAAGGAGAAAGUACUCCGCAGUUGCAAUCCUGACGAUUGAAGAAGCAGGUGUACUAUUAUUACUAGUUUUCUAGGCAUCUUUUUUGUUUAGGUAGUGUAGCCUAGUAAUUUGCCAUUGUUUGGCUGAUGAUGUUUGAUAUAGGAAUAGGUAUGUGUUCCUUGAGUAUUUUGAAUACUUUUCAUUAGAUGUACACGUUGCGGUUCACUGACCAAACUGAGACUGCUUCUGCUCCAACUAGAACAAGUUGGCACAUAAACAUUGACAUUAGAAAGAGGAUACAAAACUGUUGAGUGCUUGUUCAUUUUCAAUACAGAAAAGCAAUUAAGCUAUUGUGAAAGUAA